UGAAAAGUAAUCAUUUUACAAAAUAUUAUGGUAUCCUAAAUGUAAAAAUUAUAAUUUACAUGCCAACUCCUUUCUUCCUUCAACAAAAUCAUCACAAAACCUCGCUAUCAUUUCUCCUGUCAUCUGCACUCCACACCAAUAUAGAACCACCACAACAACAGCUGAAUCGCUGCCUUAACUAGCCUUAGAUCAGCGGUUGCAUCAUAAAAGGUGAAAUCAUUGUCUAUUUAACUUGAAAAUUGAGUUGUCCCACUGCUAUAAAUACUUGAGAAGAUUUGUUAGAUUGUGCAUACUGGUCAAAUCAGAAGUAGGAUUGUUCCUAACAUUAAAGGAAGCAUGAUUGCACAGUCAAGUGAAAGUUGAUGAAAAAUUAAGCAUUGAUUAAACCAAGAUUGGUUUGCUUUUCCCAGGAGAGAGCACUGGGGCAGUUGGGAUUCCUUGAGAAAACUUGUUGUUGGAUUAUCCAUUCCAUGACUGCAGAAGAUGUUAAGGGUGACAUGCAAUAAUUUGCUGAUGGUUAUGAAGUAGGUAGAUGAUCUCUUUUGACUGGUCUCCAGGCAGAGAAUGGUUAUGCAGUCAUGCCAUUUUAUCUUUACUGAUAUUUAAAUUUAUUUAUGUGAGACAACUGAGAACACAAUAUGACUCAGCUAAUGUCACCAUCAAUGGUUGCUGAGUCGUAUGAUUCUAAUGAAUUAUUUCAAUUUAAUAUCAGGCCAAUAUCAUGGAGCACAGACAGGUUUUAAAUUCCUCGAUUACAAUUCCUUCUUUUUGUAUGGCUUACUGUCUUGGUUCCUUGCAGUAUUUUCCCAAGAGUAUAGACACACCAAGGAAGAAUGAAAUCCUGCUCAUAGCUCCAACUGGGGAAGAGACUAACAACAGGAAGCAAGUGGAGCAGUACCUGAAGUCACACCCUGGCAAUCCUGCAGUAUCUGAGUUUGAUAGGGGCACUGGUGAGACCCCAAGAAGAUCUGCAAGAAUCAGCGAGAAGGCCAAGGCAACUCCUCCUGAGAAGGAGCACCCAAAGAAGCGAGGCCGAAAAUCAUCUGGUUCAAAGAAAGAUGAAACGGGAACUAUUACCGAAGAAAAUGAGGGUGAGAAUGAGGUUCAAAUGCAAGAUGAAGAGGUAACUGAAAAGGGUAAGGCAGACAAAGAAAAUAAUGGUAUCAAGGAAAAUCAGAACUAGAAAGAAGAUGAGAAACUAGGAGAAGCUGAUCAGAUAAAGACCCGAGAUGAUGCUGAGGUAACAAGAAUGGCAGUGAAGGAAAUGCUAAGGGAUUCCAGCAAGCAUUGGAAGUUAAAGAGAAAGAAAACGCAGGGGAAGCAGUGAAGGACAAAGCUGCUGAAGAAGCUGGUUCCAGUGAAGUGGCUGAAGAUAGAGCCGAUAAGGUUGAAGACUUGGCAGAAAAGGUGCCACGAACUGAGGCAGAGAAAGAGAAUGCCCCAGGCCACAAGGACAUCCCAGAUAGUUUUCUGAUGAAAGCAAAUGAUGGAGCACAAAAAGAGAAUACUAAUGGGACUGACCGAUGCCCCCCAGCAUCCACCCCCAAUGUCUGAAUGGCUAAAUGUCUGCAUUUUGCUUAAACUUUCUUUGUUUCCCUCUUUAGAAGAGCGGCCAGUAGCAUUGCUGAAUUUAUUCUAGUUUUGUCUCCAAAAAGUUCUAAAUAAAUGGAUCCUAGCCAUUUGAAAGGGAAAGCUGAAAGAUCCCUCGAAAGAUCUAUCAUUGGAUUCUCCAGAGGGAUUCCAAUCACUGCCCAAAACAUUCCAUAUCUCAGUCUCA